AUGUCAAGUUUUUCGAGAAGAAUCAUUGCGAUCAGCGCGAUCAUCAUUGUGCACGUCAGCGUCCAAUCAUCGGCAGCCACAGGUCAGUUUUCGUAUUUCAGAACCGAAAUGUGUACUUACAUUUUUCUAACAGACCACACAAAUCGUGAUUUGUAGUUUGCUUCAUAAAAACGUUUCGAAAACGAAAAUAUUGAAAAGAGUGUGAUAAGCGGGUCGGUGGGAAACCCGCUAAGAAGUGAUCUUUCCGCAUAGACACAUCGCAGAGAUUUGACUAGACACGCUUUUUUCGGUAAUUUCAAUCCAUUCAGGUCAUUUUUGUGUUUGAAAUUCAUGCAACACCACAGCUGUGGCCACAGUCUUCAGAGCUUACAACGUGCGCGUUUUUUUCUUGGAAUUGGGCACUUUUGGCCUGAUUUUCGUGGUCAAGAGCGAGCAAAAAUUAUACUUUAACACGAAAACACUAUGCUUCUCGAAAUUUCUUACGCGACUCGACCAAAUUCCACGCUCUUGCGCUAGAAGAAAUGUUCUAUCGAAGCACAAUUGAAAAAUCUAGAAUUUAAUGACUUUUCGAGGCUAUGUUUGCGAAACACGCGAAAUUUGAGGUUAAAUUCUGCAAUUCGCUCAAAAAUCUCUGUGCGGCGGAACGCGAUUGGGCCUAUCGUGAGAGCGCUCGAACAGCCGAAAUUAUCAAAAAAUGACACUGAACUCGAGGCAUUUUUCUGUUUAAAAAGCACAAUUUACUCAAGGAGUUUGUCGCUCCGAGAAUUUCGACGAAAUGAACCUGUUUUGGCGUGAAAUUAUCGACUUUUCAGACGUUUCUCGCAAAAAAGUUAUUUUUGUCGCCUGCCGACUGCGAAGUCCACAAAUUGAACCUAAAUUUUCCACAUUUGCAGACGCUCUCCACCAUCACCACCACCACGAGGAUCCACUUCCGAAAGGCGCCUCGUGUCCGCAGUCGAUCUUCCGUCCGUCGCUCGUCUUCUAUCUGACGCCGUUCGUCUUCGCGUUCCUCAUCUUCCACAAAAGUAUCACCUCGGACAUUCGACUCAUUUACGGCAACUAA